CGAGUGAACAUGCGCACUGGGUGUAAACAGGAAGAAUUGUUGGGGGGGAAACGGCAAAUCCACCAGAGUCGAGCGAACGCGCGGAUUAUACACAAAAAUGUAUUGUGGUUCAUUUUAUAUUAACAUUAAGAAUUUGUUUUGUCCAAUUGAAUAAGAUUACGAUUAAAUUAGUUGCGAAACAGGUACGGCUAUUCGACUGUUCCUGGAAGGCACUGUUAAACCCAGCAACGCCAGACCUGCCGUCUGACGCGAUUGGCUUGCUCGGCAUUCCGUGAAAAAAAACAGCGCUUUUCCUGGGUUGUUUUUAUUCUUUUCCGAGGAUUUUCUACCAUAAAAUGGUUCAAAAAGAAAAGACGCUGGAGAGGACACCGGUGGAAUCCGAACCGAACCCCAGCCCAGUCUCGGGAGAGGCUUGUGCCGCUGGUCCCGGCCUGCUGGAAGAGUCCGUUGGAAUCAGUGUGGAAACGACGGGCCACCGAAAAUUCAUCAGUGGAGUGGUAGAAGGUUUUUAUGGACGGCCAUGGACAAUGGAACAGAGGAAAGAGUUGUUUCGGAGACAACAGAAAUGGGGACUGAAUACGUACCUUUAUGCCCCGAAAGAUGACUACAAACACAGAAUGUUCUGGAGGGAGUUGUACUCAGUAGAGGAAGCAGAACAACUUAUGACGCUAAUUGGAGCAGCCAAAGAGUAUGGCAUCGAGUUCAUCUAUGCCAUUUCUCCCGGACUUGACAUCACUUUCUCCAAUCAGAAAGAGGUCAUAGCACUCAAGAGGAAAUUGGACCAGGUGACACACUUUGGUUGCAAGUCAUUUGCCUUACUUUUUGACGACAUCGACCACAACAUGUGCCCUGCCGACAAGGAGGUGUUCAGCUCGUUUGCACACGCUCAGGUGUCCAUCACGAAUGAAAUCUACCAGUACCUUGGAGAGCCUGAAACCUUCUUGUUCUGUCCCACAGAGUACUGUGGGACCUUCUGCUACCCGAAUGUCUCUCAGUCUCCCUACCUUCACACAGUUGGAGAGAAGCUGUUGCCUGGCAUCGAUAUUCUCUGGACAGGACCCAAAGUGGUGUCCAAAGACAUCACAGUGGAGUCGAUAGAAGAAGUGUCUAAGAUUUUAAGAAGAGCCCCUGUGAUCUGGGACAACAUUCACGCCAAUGACUAUGACCAGAAGAGGCUCUUCUUGGGUCCUUACAAGGGCCGCUCCACAGAACUCAUCCCCAGACUGAAGGGCGUCCUCACCAACCCCAACUGCGAGUUUGAGUCCAACUUCGUUGCUAUCCACACUCUGGCCACCUGGUAUAAGUCGAACAUGAACGGGGUCCGCAAGGAUGUGGUCAUGACUGACGGCGAGGACAGCACAGUUUCCAUCCAGAUUAAGUUGGAGAAUGAGGGCAGUGAUGAAGAACUGGAGACAGAUAUGUUGUACAGCCCCCAGCUUGCUCUGAAACUGGCUCUCACCGAGUGGCUUGGAGACUUUGUUGUGCCUCAUCAAUACAAUAGCCGACAGGUGCCCCAGAGCGGUGCCAAAAGUGCAGUCAUCGAUGUGUCCUCCAUGGCCCCUCCCACACUUUGCUCAGAUACCACGGUGACAACUGUGUUCCAGCAGCCUAUCAUGUCUCCGGCCAUGCCGCCUCAAUUACUGGAACCUCACCUCAUGGCAAAAACACCGGAGCAGGAAGAGGAGGUGGAGAAGAAGGAUUCUGAUGAGGAGCCCAUGGAGAUGGUGGUGGAGAAGCAGGAGGAGCCGGAUGUAGAGGAGAGCACAGAGCCGAAACCUGAGGGCCGAGUCUUGGCUGACAAGAUGGCGGAAGAUCUGAAGCCCAUGGAUACAGACAAGGAGAGCUUGGCAGAGUCCAAGUCUUCUGAAGAGUCCAUACAGGAGGAUCCUGGGAACGAUAUUGCACCCAUGCAGACUGACGAUCAACUCAAACAGGAUGUAUUUGUGCCAGGUCCCAAUGAGAAGCCGCUGUUCGCCGUGGAGCCGCUCUCCAUUGAGGACCUGUGCCUCCUAGCGGAACUCUUCUACCUGCCUUACGAGCAUGGCCCCAAGGCCAUGCAGAUGUUGAAAGAGUUCAACUGGCUGAGAGCCAACAGCAGCGUUGUCAGUGUCAACCGCAAGAUGAAAGAAGACGAGAAGGUUGCAGAAUGGCAGUUGAGAGCAGAGAAGUUUGAGGACAUGUGCUGCUCGGUCAUUCAGAUGUUCACACGUCUGUCCAAUUCGGCCAACCGCACUAUCCUGUAUGACCUCUACCCUUACAUCUGGGACAUCAAGAGCAUCAUUUCCAUGGUCAAGUCCUUUGUCCAGUGGCUAGAUGGAAGAAUCCACAGUACAAGUUUCUACUGCUAUUGGAUCGACAAUGGCCGAUGGUGUCGUAGUCAAUCCUCAGCACAAUUCCCUAAAGGAGACCAAGAACCGUGGGCCUUUAGGGGAGGUCUAGCAGGAGAGUUCCAGAGAUUGUUGCCAAUAGAUGGGGCAAACGAUCUUUUCUACCAGCCUCCGCCCUCACUGCCUACCUCCAAAAUCUAUUCAAUAAGGCCCUACUUUGCCAAAGACGAGGCUUCGGUGUAUAAAAUUUGUAAAGAAAUGUACUAUGAAGGAAUGGAGGAUGCACCUUCCUCAGAGCAGGAAUCUGACCUCAUCGGUGACAAGUUGGUUGGAGGUCUUCUGUCUUUGAGCCCGGACUACGGCUUUGUGCUGGAGGAUGAUGAAGGCAUCUGCGGCUACGCUUUGGGCACAGUGGACGUAAAGCCCUUUAUCAAGAAAUGCGAGAUGAGCUGGAUUCCUUUUAUGCAAGAGAAGUACCUCAAACCUGAUGGUCAAAAGGACCUCACGGAGGCUGAGAAAAUGAUUUUGAGUUUCCAUGAGGAAGAGGAGGGUCUUCCGGAAUCGUUCCUGUCCAACUUCCCCUCGCUCAUCAAGGUUGACAUUCAUGCAAAGGUCACUGAUCCCAGUGUGGCCAAAAGCAUGAUGGGAUGUCUGUUGUCUUCCCUUAAGGCUAACGGCUCCCAGGGUGCUUUCUGCAAGGUUCGCCAGACUGACAAGAGAAUGUUGGACUUCUAUAGUAAGCUGGGAUGCUUUGAGGUGGCCAAGAUGGAGGGCUUUCCCAAAGAUGUCAUCAUAAUGGGGCGAAGCUUAUGAGCUUAUAAUGUUCAAAUGACAGACUGAGCAAGAGAGAGGGCAACCCGCGAUCACAGAACAUUCAUGAGAAACAACUUUCAUGAUGGUUUAAAAGCCUUAUGACUGCCUGUGCUCGCAGAGACACAUGUUGUUGUUGUUGUUAUAUAUAUUUUUUUUAGUCCUGCUCCCUUAGGAUGAUUGCAAGCCAACAAGGCCAAGGUGUGAUCAGUGGAGAUGAGCCAGCAUGGAAGAGUGACAGUGCACUUGUCCAAUCCGGAGGCCCAACACUCGUACACCUCCAGGAGGAAGGAAAUUGUUUUGUUUUUUGCUGCCUUUAUUCCUCCAGCGGCCAUUAGAUGCAAAUGACCGACACACCUUCGCCCAAAGUCUCUGUACCGCAAACACACACAGAGCUGUGAAAUGAGGGUAGCGUGUAUAUUCGGACACAGUUCCCAAUGUCACAUUCUCGCUGCUUCAUUGUCACGCCACGAUUGUUCAACGGAUUACUAUUUUUUUUUUCCUCAUACAAGUGGCACUGAGUGGCAACACAUGCACAAUUUGAAUUCACAAGAUCAUCGGACACCAGAAUGGAUCUUUAAGGAGGUCUUUUGAAGCAAUAGUGAAUUUAUGGGCAAUGCUGUGCUUUUUUUCCCCUGUCCCUCCUGAACAUAAUGCCUUUUGGUUUGGUUUGGUUUUUUGCCUUUGAGUGUUUAGCAUUCUAACAGAACUCUUCUGUCUUCUGUCACCACCUUCUAAAGAUGAUACAAGAAGGCGUGGUUAAUUUAUGUCUCAGAUUACCUCGGUUUAUGAAAAAUGACACAUUAGCUUAUGUUAUGGAGUUCUUUUCGCUAUGGAAUUCUUUUUCCUAUGCGGGGCCAAUUCACGUUUUAUCAAGUCCUCCAAGGGCCAUCGUACAUUUGUGGCAGAAUACAAUGCAACAGAAAACGCAAAUGUUUUGGGCGGUUUGUCUGAGGUUCUAUUUGUUUCUACAAUUGCAUAGUAGGCAAGAUCCAAAGUUAUAUGUUGCUCUACCCCUGUUCUUAAGUAUCAAAUUUACCACAGGACCAAAAAUCUGUAAAAUUCCAACCGCCCCCUUUGUUUUAAGAGAAAAAAAAUCAUGCACGGUGUUUUACAUUGGAUGACUGCUCAGUUCCUUCCCAACCACUUCAUCAGCAUCCGGUGUCUACAUCAGCAAGUAAUCUGAGCGGCAGGAUAUUCAUUCUGUGACAUAAUUAUUUUCCUCUCCGGAUUUUGUUCCUUUUUAGCGCUGUCAUUUUAGCAUGAAUGCCUUUGUUGCACUGGACCCCUAUGAUCGCUCCAGUUAUUCAUCCUGUCACCGAAGUGGCACUUUUUUUUCUAUUUCAUGUUGAAUGGUUUGCCUUCAGAUGGGGUUCCCACAUUUCUUGUAAAAACCUAAAUAGUGAACAAUCAAGCACUUUGGUUUAAAAAAAAAAAACAUCUGUUGAUCUUAAGGCUGUCAUGGAGGUUCUUUCGGGUAGCCUCAUUUCAAGACACGAUAAGAAAGACGCAUGCGACUUGUCUCUGUGAACGUGAAACUGUAGACAGGUGUUAAACAUUAAGUGUUAUUAUUUUGCAUACCUUUACUGAGUCGGUGUCAAGCAUUCUGUUUGGCCUGAAGGAAAAUAUUGUGUUACCUUUGCUGUCCCUUUGCUCAACAGGUACUCCCAGGAACUCAUUUCAGAUAUGAACGUAGGAUGUACUUCACGCUUAUCACAUGGUUUUGUCUUCACAGGGACGGGCUGUGACUGAGUUAAAGGGCUGCUCAUAUUGUAUUGUAAAUAAUGCAAGUUUAGGGGCAGUUUACAUGUAAAAUUUGUAUGUAAGAUUAAUAAACUUGAAAAUAAAUAGAACCUUCCAAAUGA